AUGGGAAGAAGACCAGCAAGGUGUUAUAGAUAUUGUAAAAAUAAACCCUACCCUAAGAGUAGAUAUUGUAGAGGUGUACCUGAUCCUAAAAUAAGAAUAUAUGAUAUGGGAAGAAAAAAAGCAGAUGUCAAUGAAUUCAGUGGUGUUGUACAUUUAGUGUCUUAUGAAUAUGAACAGAUUUCAUCAGAAGCUUUAGAAGCAGCUCGUAUUAGUGCAAACAAAUAUAUGAUCACAAAUUGUGGUAAAGAUAAUUUCCAUUUAAGAGUAAGAAUUCAUCCUUUUCAUGUUUUAAGAAUUAAUAAAAUGCUUUCAUGCGCUGGUGCCGAUAGGCUUCAAACCGGUAUGAGAGGUGCAUUUGGAAAACCCAAUGGUGUUGUUGCGCGGGUAGACAUUGGUCAAGUUUUACUUUCUAUUCGAACAAAAGAAAAUUUUGUUUCUAAAGCAUGUGAAGCUUUAAGAAGAGCUAAAUAUAAAUUUCCAGGUCGACAAAAAGUUUUCGUUAGUAAUAAAUGGGGAUUUACUAAUUUUUCAAAAGAUCAAUAUCAAAAUUAUAAAAAAAAAGGAAGAAUUAUUUCAGAUGGUGUUACUUGCAAAUUUAUUAGAGAAAAAGGACCAUUAGAUAAAAUCUACAAAGAUAUUAACACUAUUAUUGAAUCAUAA